UACCUAAUUUUUUUCAGAACUUUAAGUAGAACUGAAGCAAACACAAAUUAUACCGAAGUAAAAAACGAAAAAGAUUUUAUUUAUGGUCAUGAAUGUGAUGGAACAAUUUAUAACAAAACCCAUUGUUCGGAACUCAUUAGUCGUAUGUAUUCGGAUAAAAAAUCUAACUUGAGAGAAAAGGAAUUCAUUUGUGACAUGUGUAAUAAAUCUUUUUAUAAUAAAACACAUUUGAGAAAACACAUACUACUUCAUCCUAAAAAAGUGAUAUACAAUAGUACUGUUUGUAAUACGCAUUUAAAAACACACUUGAAAUCGCACAUUAGUGUUAAGCCGUUUAAAUGUGAUAUGUGUAAUAAAAAGUUUGCCUAUGAUUCACAAUUCAAAGCUCACACGAGAACACACACUGGAGAAAAGCCAUAUGAAUGUGAUAUCUGCGGUCAAGCAUUUGCUCAAUCAUAUAAUUUAAUAGUGCAUACAAGGAUACAUACUGGAGAAAGACCAUUUAAAUGUGAUACCUGCGGUAAAGGGUUUUCUAAUUCAUCAAGUUUAACAGUGCAUAAGAGAAUACAUACAGGAGAAAGACCAUUUAAAUGUGAUAUCUGUGAUCUAUCAUUUUCAAACAGAGGAGCAUUAAAACUUCAUACAAGAACACAUACCGGAGCAAAACCAUUUAAUUGUGAUUUUUGUGAUCGAAAGUUUUCUUCUUCUUCAAAUUUAUCAAUGCAUACGAGGAUACAUACUGGGAAAAAACCAUUUAAAUGUGAUAUAUGUGAUCGAACUUUUUCAGGUAAAUCACAUUUAAAAUAUCAUAUUAGGACACAUAUUGAAAAAAAGCUAUUUAAAUGUGAUAUCUGUGCUCAAGGGUUUAAUCAACGAUCUCAUUUAAACGUUCAUACAAGAACACAUACUGGAAAAAAGCCAUUUGAAUGUGAUAUCUGUAAUAAAACUUUUGCUCAUGCAUCAACUUUAAAAAUACAUACAAGAACGCAUACCGGGGAAAAACCAUUUAAAUGUGAUAUCUGUCUUUCAGCAUUUUCACAUGCACCGACAUUAAAAAAACAUACCAGGACACAUAGGUACUAGAGAAAAUGUAAAAUCUGGGAUCAAGUGUUUUCUCGUUCACAAAAUCCUUUAAGGAUAUCAACCAAAGGAUAUCCUUAAAAAUACAACAUACUCUCUGUUUAAUCUUGUGACAACCAAGUACCUAGUUUCAUAUAUGUAUGUUUCCUUGUAAGUUUUUAUUAACUAUUUUUAUUUUUAUGAUAAUCAUAACCUUACAUUUCACUAUUUAC